AUGCCAGCUUUCCAUUCUACUUUUCUAGCGGACCCAGCUACUGAUCGUUUCGUGGGUAACUUUGCACUACUUCCAUUGAAUACGAAAUAUAGAGGACCAGCUUACCAGUCCAAUUCAGACUACGAUAUUAUCGAUGAAUGUCUAGAUCUUUUCCGUGCCAAUUCCUUCUUUAAGAACUUUGAGAUCAAAUCCCCAGCUGAUAGAAUAUUAAUCUACGGCAUUCUAUUCAUAAACGACUGUUUGGCAAAUUUGAAUUUAUCGACUAGUUAUAACGAAGCUGUUAAGAAAUUAAUGAAUCUAGGUUUAGAUAGCUUUGCUAUCCCAGGCACUCCAGGUUUCCCAUUGAACACUGUCUACUCCAUUCCAUUGGACAACCCAGCAGAUGUGGAGCUUUUAAAAAGUUAUAUCCAACAAUUCCGUCAAGAACUGGCUAUGAGAUUGCUAGAAAGAGUGUAUAAAGAUAACAGAGAAGUGCCUUCGAAGUUCUGGUUGGCAUUCACUAGAAGGAGAUUCAUGAACAAGUCGUUAUAA